UCCCGAUGGAGACGCUGCAGACAGUCAGGGGGGGACACCGCUGGGCCCCCACCUGGACCCCCCCUCAGCCCCACAGGUUCUUCGGGUCGUCGCUCGUCCGCCUCGAUGCUUCAUCGUCUGCUGACUCUGCCGUCGCAGCUGCUGGAGGCCGACGACGAGGACGCCGCCGCCAAGGAAACGCUGGCCGCUCUGGCCCUCGAAUGCGACCGCAGAGACGGCAUCGAACCUGGCCGGACCUGCCCGUCGCCCCCGGCAACCAAGGAGGAGGAGGGAGACGAGGAGGAGGAAGAGGAGGAGGAGGAGGACAAAGGGAGGAAGAAGAAGAGGCGGAGGGUCUGGUCAGAGUGCGAGGAGUGUGGUCGGAGGUUCAGUCGGAUGUCUCUCCUGAAGGCUCACCGUCAGUCUCACGUUGCCGAAAACGCUGCCGCCGAAACCUCGUCCCCCUCGUCGCCGCCCGGCAGCACCGCCUCGGCUUUACGCUGCUCGGACUGCGGGAAGAGGUUCUCCUCGGCGACCCGCCUUCACAGCCACACCCGGACCCAGCACCCUGGGAACCGGUCCUGAGCUGGCCCCGAACCGGUCCUGAGCCGGUCCCGAAAUGGUCCACCUGGGUUGAACUGGAAAUAAAAAACGGGAACAACGGAGCUUCAGAGCA